AUGGAGAAUUUGUCAGCACUUCAUGCUGUCCUUGUGGUUGAGAUGUGCUUUUCAAUUCUCAUAGAAUCUCAUAAUCACAUAUCUUUUAAAGGAAGCUCAGCUUCAUCAUCCCCUUUCCCAAGCAACUUCCUCUUUGGAACUGCAUCCUCUUCUUACCAGUUUGAGGGAGCUUUUCUGACUGAUGGUAAAGGCCUCAACAACUGGGAUGUUUUUACUCAUAAGCCUGGUCAUAUCUCAGAUGGAACUAAUGGAGAUAUUGCUGUUGAUCAGUACCAUCUUUAUCUGGAAGAUUUAGAUCUCAUGAGUUACAUUGGAGUCCAUUCUUACCGGUUUUCUAUAUCAUGGGCAAGAGUUCUACCCAAAGGAAGAUUUGGAAAAGUGAAUAGAGCCGGCAUUGACCACUAUAACAAGUUCAUCGACGCUCUUCUGAGCAGAGGGAUCCAGCCAUUCGUGACAUUGUCUCAUUACGACAUUCCUCAGGAACUUGAAGACAGAUACGGAGCUUGGCUAAGCCCCAAAGUGCAGGAGGAUUUCAAAUAUUAUGCAAAUACAUGUUUCGAAUUCUAUGGAGACAGAGUUAAGUACUGGGUGACUUUCAAUGAGCCCAAUGUUGUAGUUAUUCGUGGCUAUAGGUCAGGGGUUUACCCACCAUCUCGUUGCUCUAGCCCAUUUGGGAAUUGUACUAGUGGGAAUUCAGAGAAGGAGCCUUUCAUUGCAGCUCAUAACAUCAUUCUAUCCCAUGCAGCUGCUGUGAAUAUAUACCGAACCCAAUACCAGAAAAAACAAGGAGGUAGCAUUGGAAUGAUCAUGAAUGCUGUAUGGUAUGAACCCAUCAGCAACUCCUUAGAAGACAAGUUAGCAGCUGAGAGGGCUCAAUCUUUCUAUAUGAACUGGUUCUUAGACCCAAUUGUACAUGGGAAAUAUCCUGCAGAAAUGCAGGAGAUUCUAGGAGCUGAUUUGCCUAUAUUUUCAGAAUCUGAUGUGGAGAUGCUGAGGAAGAACAGAUUAGAUUUCAUUGGCAUCAACCACUAUACCAGCUUUUACAUAAAAGACUGUAUCUUUUCUGAAUGUGAACCGGGACCAGGUGCUUCAAGGACGGAGGGUUUCGCUUUGCGAACCGCAGAAAAAGAUGGAGUCUUCCUUGGAGAACCAACUUCGGUUGACUGGCUGUAUGUCUACCCUCAAGGAAUGGACAAGAUGGUAACGUACGUAAAAGACAGAUACAAUAAUACACCAAUCUUCAUCACAGAAAAUGGGUUUGGUAAGACUGAUAAUUCGAAUUCCACCAAUGAAGAAUUACUGAAUGAUGUCAAGAGAGUGAAGUACAUGAGGUCCUACUUACAUGCACUAGCAGAAGCAAUGAGGAAAGGAGCAGAUGUAAGAGGGUACUUCGUGUGGUCGUUGCUUGACAAUUUCGAGUGGACCAGUGGAUAUACUGUUCAGUUUGGACUUCACCAUGUUGAUUAUGCCACUCUCAAAAGAACUAAAAGACUCUCAGCGGAUUGCAUGAUCAAGAAAAUCAAUGUAGAGAGCACUCAACAGCAGCUAUCCUUUUAA